AUGAAUUUUCUCAACAAUGUGUCUGAAAUAAUUGAACAAAAUCUUCCUUAAGAUAUAUAAGAAUCAUUUGCAGUAAUAACUACACAUGUUGGAGUUCCAAAAAUAAUUGAGGAUUGCUCCUAAAUUCCUGAAAUGAUAUAAUUAAAAUCUGGGUUAAUGUAUUCAGAAUAACACAGAUUAAUAUAAUUUCAUAAGAUUUAACCUUAACUUUCCUUUUUAUAAGGAUAAGAAGAUAAAAGUGCAAUUUUAUAAAAUGAUUAAAUUCGAGGAUUAAAUUCUGAGAGAACUGAAAAUAAUGCAACUCUUACAUCUGUCAUUAUGUAGUCUGGAUUGUUUACACAUGAAAACUUUAAUCAAUAUGAAGGGUUUAUUUUGAAAAAAACAAAAAACUUAUUAUAACCAUUCAAAUAGAUAUAUUGUCAUUUUUAGGAUGGAAUUUUAAGUUUUUAUAAAGAUUAGUAAAAAUAAAAGGUUAGUUUUGUUUUGAAUUUGGGUCUUUUUAAUUUCUAAUAUUAUUAGAAACAAAUUGUAAAUAAUGAUAUAUAUGAAUUUGGAUUAAAAUGUAAAAAUGACAAUAAAAUAUUUCAAUUUAAAGGUCUAACUAAUAAUUAAUGGUUUAUUUUGAUCAAGAGAUUCAUUGAUAAUGUUCGUAAGAAACCAAUAGUGAAGUUUUAUUUGAACCCAUUUACUAAAUAUUAUAAAAAACGAUUAAUAACAAAUGAUUAAUUUAGACAAAUGAGUUAAACAGGAGAUAUAUUAUUAUUUCAAACAAAAUCUUGCAGUUCUAAAAUAUAAAGAUUAGUAACAAGAUCAAAUUAUGGUAUUAUUAUAUAUUAAAAUAGAUCAUGUUGCUAUGAUAUUAAAAUAUUAAUCAGGUUCUAUAUAUGUUUUAGAAGCAACUGAUUAAAAUGGAGUAGGAAUAUUUGAUUGGGAUUCAAUGACUAAUCAAUUAUGGUAUGAAUUAUAUUCAAUGUAAUAACUUUUUGUUAAUUAUAGGGUUGUAUAUCGAUAACUUUAAUUAAUUAGAAAUGUUGACUUUUUAUUAUAAAUUGAAAAAUUUGUCAAAGAAAAUGUUGGUAGAUAAUAUUAAUUAAGUUUUACAAAAUUAUUACAAGAGAAAUCUACAAUUAUAACUUCAUAAAAUUAGUAGGAGGAUCCAACUUAUUUUUGUUCUUAAUUAAUAGCAAAAAUAUAUAAAUAAAUAGGAUUAUUAAACUAAGAUAAAUCUGCUAAUUAAUAUUGGCCUGGAUCCUUUUCUAAUGAAAAAGAUGAUAUUUAACUUACUGGCUGUUCUCUUUCAGAUGAAUAUCUAAUCGGAUUUAAUAUGUGA